GCGCCCUUACUGCAGACGAGAUACGGCCUGGCCAUGAUACUACGGUGUUCUGAUGGGCGUCAUCCUUCGAUAUGGAAUUCACGUUCCCAGCGAUGUUAAUAACGUGACCUUAAGUUGCCAAGUGCAGACCAGUCCAGCUACUUUGUUAGUAAAUGUUAGUGGGAAAUAUUAUGAGUAUACCCUGAAGGGGGAAAUCAGCCCUCAUGAACUUAAUAACGUUCAAGAUAAUGAAAUGCUGAGAAAGGUGACUUUUGAUCCUGAAGUGUUUUUCAAUAUCUUACUCCCUCCAAUUAUAUUUUAUGCAGGAUACAGCUUAAAAAGGAGGCAUUUCUUCAGAAACUUGGGGUCCAUCCUAGCGUAUGCUUUUCUUGGAACGGCUAUCUCCUGUUUUGUGAUAGGGUCAAUCAUGUACGGCUGCGUAGCACUGAUGAAAGUAACCGGGCAACUUGGAGGAGAUUUUUACUUUACAGACUGUCUGUUGUUUGGUGCAAUAGUAUCAGCUACUGACCCAGUGACUGUUCUUGCCAUAUUCCAUGAGCUUCAGGUUGAUGUUGAGCUGUAUGCCCUUCUCUUUGGUGAAAGCGUCCUCAAUGAUGCCGUUGCCAUAGUGCUGUCUUCUUCAAUCGUAGCAUACCAGCCUGCGGGGGACAACAGCCACACGUUUGAUGUCACAGCAAUGUUUAAGUCCAUUGGCAUCUUCCUUGGGAUAUUCAGUGGCUCUUUUGCAAUGGGAGCUGCUACUGGAGUAGUGACUGCUUUAGUCACCAAGUUCACCAAACUUCGUGAGUUCCCCUUGCUGGAAACUGGUUUGUUUUUCUUGAUGUCUUGGAGCACGUUCUUGCUGGCUGAAGCAUGUGGUUUUACAGGUGUGGUAGCAGUAUUGUUCUGUGGAAUUACCCAGGCCCAUUAUACCUAUAAUAACUUGUCUACAGAGUCUCAGCAUAGAACUAAACAGCUGUUUGAGCUUCUGAAUUUCUUGGCAGAAAAUUUCAUCUUCUCCUACAUGGGACUCACAUUGUUCACUUUCCAGAAUCACAACUUCAACCCUACUUUUAUAGUGGGAGCCUUUCUUGCCAUUUUCCUGGGAAGAGCUGCUAAUAUUUAUCCCCUGUCCUUUUUACUUAAUUUGGGGAGAAGAAACAAGAUUGGAACAAAUCUCCAGCACAUGAUGAUGUUUGCCGGAUUGCGAGGCGCCAUGGCUUUUGCCUUGGCCAUUCGAGACACUGCCACCUAUGCUAGACAGAUGAUGUUCAGCACAACACUCCUCAUUGUGUUUUUCACCGUCUGGGUUUUUGGCGGUGGCACUACAGCCAUGUUAUCUUGCUUGCAUAUCAGGGUCGGUGUGGAUUCGGAUCAAGAACACUUGGGUGUCCCGGAAAGUGAAAGGAGGAGUACAAAAGCGGAAAGUGCCUGGCUGUUCAGGCUGUGGUACAACUUUGAUCACAACUAUCUGAAGCCUCUGUUGACGCACAGUGGCCCUCCUCUCACAACGACACUGCCUAGUUGCUGCGGACCUGUUGCCAGAUGCCUGACGAGUCCCCAGGCUUAUGAAAAUCAAGAGCAGCUGAAGGAUGAUGAUUCCGACCUUAUUUUGAAUGAUGGAGACAUCAGUUUGACAUAUGGGGAUUCUGCUGUGAACGCAGAUUCUGUCACAUCCAGUGGCACGUCGAGGAAGAUUGUAGGAAACAGUUCUGAAGAUGCGUUGGAUCGGGAGCUGGCAUUUGGGGACCAUGAACUUGUAAUACGGGGGACACGCCUGGUCCUUCCCAUGGAUGAUUCCGAGCCUCCGUCAAGUUUGGUAGAUAGUGCAAGACAUGGCCCAGCGUAAGAUUUACGUUGCUCGAUUUAAUUGACAAUAAUAGCUGCAUAUGUGAUCACGAAGAAAUAUGUACUACCUAAAAUCUAAUGCAUGUCUCAGAAUGUCUCAGCUGUAUAAAUAUUAUUUAUAUGGUGUCAGAAGAAUAUAAAUAUUCUCUACAAGAUGGCUUGUGAAGAGCAAGCUGCAGUUUCUUAAGUUGAAAACCAUGCUGACUGCACUGUGUAGAAAGAAACUAGUUUUUAGCAUAAUAAUCCUUUGCACAUGGUGGACUUCUUUUCAAGUGGUGUGAUGUAUGGCCUUAGGUCCCAGCUAGGUAGGGAAAGUGGCUGAUUUCUCAGUUGUUAGGGCUCAGAAUUCAGCUUGACAGAGACCAGAAUGACAAAUGAAAUGUUGCCUUAGCUUUGCCCUACCUAGAGUCGUUAGGGAGGUGUCAGCUAAAGAUGUAAAUUGCUUAUUAGUCACAUGAUGACUGUUUUGGUCUCUCAUAUAUCUGAUUGUCAAAUACUCACAUUAUAAUAUUGGCAACAUCUCUGCUCAGAGAUUGGCCUGAUGGUCUAGUAGCCAGUCAUACUCUGCACUUCUGUAUUUGAGUCUGAGCCGGGGUCCCCAUUUAUCCAGGCCAGGAGGAGCUGUAAGGCGGCAUUGACUCAGAAUGCUUUGCUCCUGGGAAGGAAAGGGAGCAUUUUGCUCUGAAGUGACUCAAGCCAUUGUUUAGAUAAUGGGGCAUCAGCAGAAGCCACUCCCAGCCUUCCUCUGGUCCAGGGUAGGUCACAAUGAUGUAUGACUUUUCAGAUUGGGGCCCAGAGCGUCACAGUUUGUGUUUCGCAGUAGUAUUUGAGGGAAAGAAUUGAUCACACACAAGCUGCAUCAGGCUUAUUGCACAGGCUUUGUAGUUGGUGAGUUUGCAUUUCAGCUGUGUCUUAAAGAGCUUUUCUAAAGACAACAGACACAUUUUUAACAGGUGAUUGAGUUCUGAAUUUUGGGAAGGGGCCAUGUCUCAUGCGACUGAAGCUCUUUUACUGAUGAGUCAUUGAGGAAACUAAAGAAACGUACAAGUCUACUGCUGUUCCAUGCUGUACCACAGAGUCGCACCUGUCCAGACUGGAAGUGUGAAGGUUGUAGAUUGAAACUGUACAUGCAGAUUUCUUAAGACGUAUUUAGAAAAUGAGGUGGUACUGAAACAGAGUUGUCCGUCCUCCUGUCUGGUUGAAAUUGUUGCACUUUGAUACACUGCAUGCUGAGGAGUUACUGUAAUCUCCUCCCUGAUUCAUUCUCAUGUCUCUUACUGUUUAUAAUAAAUGUUUGUGAGCUUC